AUGCUAAUAGGCAAUAACGUCCCAGCUGCCUUUACGCCACAAGAACUGAGAACAGGACAAGAAAACGAGCCCCAUGGAGCCAGAUCAGUGCUUGGAUGGAUCAUAUGGGGCAUGGUCAGAGAUAGGGAAGAGCCCUGCCACCUUUCCAACCUGCAACUAGCCAGAGAAGAAGCAGGACAACUUCAGAGGUUGGAGAACAUGGUGAGAGCAUCCAUAGACAUGGACUUUCCAGGGCGCCUGGUUGACAGUAAGAAGGAACCUUCCGUUGAAGAUAAGCAAUUUGAAGAAAUUAUUGGAACAACUCUGAAGUUGGUGGGAGACCACUACCAGUGUGACUUGCCCUUUCGCGAGCCAGCAUGCAAGCUUGAGGACAACAGAUUUCAUGCCAUGGACCGUCUGAUGUCCCUGAAGAAGAAGCUAAGAAACAACCCGACGUUCAAUCAAGACUAUGUGACCUUCAUGAGCUCACUAAUGGAGAAAGGGUAUGCCGAGAAGGUCACUGAUGCCCCCGAAGAUAGCAGAGAACGAGUUGGUCGAUGGUACAUGCCCCAUCAUGGCAUCUACAACCCCACCAAACCAGGCAAGAUAAGAGUUGUCUUUGAUUGUUUGGCAAAGACUAGAGGAGUCUCCCUAAACGAUGUACUCCUCCCAGGACCCAUCCUCACGAACAAGGUAGUAGAUGUUCUGCUUCGCUUCAGACAGCAACCUAUUGGCCUAAUUGGAGACAUUGAGGGCAUGUUCUUCCAAGUAAGGGUCUCUGAACGCCACAGAGACUUUCUACGAUACCUGUGGUUUCCAGAGGGAGACACAUCUAGACCACCAGAGACCUACCGUCUGAAGGCACACCCCUUUGGUGCCAUAUCGUCGCCAUCUUGCGCUUCUGCAGCUUUGCGUAAGUGUGCAACAGACAAUGAACAUCAAGAGAUCUUGAGAAAAUUCUACGUCGAUGACUAUCUCUGUGCCAGUUUUGAUGCCACGGAAGCGAUUGAAACCAGGAAGAUUGUGAAGGAGGUGUGCCGCCGCGGGGGAUUCAACCUUCAUAAGUGGGUGAGCAAUAGUAAGGCAGUGAACGACUCCAUUCCUCCAGAGGAGAGAUCAAAGUCACAACAGCUGAACAUUGAAAGCAUCGACCCGCCCCAAUCAGAGCGGGCAUUGGGAGUGUUCUGGAAUACAGUGGAGGAUAACUUUGGGUUUAAGGUGAACCUGAAGCACCGUCCAGCUACUCGUAGAGGCAUUCUAUCCGUCAUCAGCAGUGUCUUCGACCCAUUAGAACUAGCUGGCCCAUUCAUCCUUCCAGCUAGAAUUAUGCUGCAGCGUCUCUGUAAGCAAGACCUCGAAUGGGACAAGGAGAUUGGAGAAAGGGAAACGGUUGCAUGGAACCAGUGGCUGCUGAAUAUCGUCAAGCUGGAGCAAAUGUCAAUACCAAGAAGUGUGCGACCAAGCGACUUUGUAGACGUUGCGACCUGCCAACUCCAUGCCUUUUCCGAUGCUUCUGACGAAGGCUACGGCAUUGCCAUAUACACACGACAUGAGGACAGUUCAGGCAGAGUCUUUUGCAAUCUGCUAAUGGGAAAAUCUAGAGUGACCCCUCUCAAGAAAGUCACUACCCCAAGGAUGGAGUUAACCGCAGCCAGUCUUUCAGUGAAGUUUAUCGCACUAAUUACUUCAGCACUGGAGCUACACUUCAAUGUGUUCUACUGGACAGAUAGUACCUCCGUCUUGAGAUACAUUGCCAACAAGACCACAAGAUUCCACACCUUUGUGGCAAACCGUAUCACUACCAUUCAAGAGGGCUCCCGUAUUGAGCAGUGGCGGCACGUUCCGACUUUGAAGAAUCCAGCAGAUAUAGCCUCAAGAGGAAUUAGUCCGAAGGUAGACCCUACACUCUGGUUUCACGGGCCAGCCUUUCUUUGGGAGCCGGAAUCCAAAUGGCCAAAGACAGACAUCAUCAAGGAGUUGCCUGCAAAGGACCCAGAGGUCAAGCGAGUUCACGCCACAACUCUCAAGUUCCACGAAGGUUCCGCGUACUUGGACCAGUGGAUAAGUCAGUUCUCAUCCUGGAGGAAACUGAAGACAACGGUAGCAUGGCUGAUGCGAGCACAGGGGCUCUUCAAGCAGCGCCAGCUAUCCAGAGUUGAGCCAAAGGCAGCAGUCCCCUCACCGUGGACGAAUUGGAGACAGCAGGCACCGAGAUCAUCAAAUAUGUCCAGCAGAGCUGCGCCCUUACUGAGUCGGUUGAUACUUAUUGCAGCCCAUCAGAGAGUUGGACAUCUUGGAGCCAGCAGCAAAAUCACUGAAUUGAGACGCAAGUACUGGAUACCAAGGGCCAGUCUACUGGUGCGCAGCAUCAUUGCAAGGUGUGUGCCGUGCCGUAGAUAUCGCGGUCGUCUCCAGAUACAGAAAAUGGCAGACUUACCCGAAGAGCGUUUGGAACCAGACCAGCCAGCCUUUACAAGGUCAGGUGUCGACUACUUUGGGCCAUUCGAAAUUAAGCGAGGUAGAAGCGUUCUGAAACGCUAUGGCUUGAUCUUCACCUGCAUGGCUAGCCGCGCCGUCCAUCUGGAAGUUGCUCAAGACCUCUCUGCCAACUCUUGCAUCAACGCAGUGCGGAGAUUUGCUGCUCGAAGAACCGUCAAGUUUAUGAGAUCCGACAAUGGAACUUACUUGGUAGGUGCGGAGCGAGAGAUGCGGGAGGAUAUUGAGAAGUGGAACCAAGCGAUGAUCGACUCCAGUUUGAAGCAGUUGGGUAUACAAUGGGAGUUCAACUGCCCUCUAGCUUCCCACCACGGUGGAGCCUGGGAAAGGCUCAUACGCAUUACACGGAAGGUGCUGUAUGGAGUUAUGAAGGAACAGCCAAUCAAGCUUGAUGACGAAGGCCUUCAGACACUGUUCUGUGAAGUCGAGGACAUCCUUAACAGCAGACCGAUCACCACAACGUCUAACAGCCAUGACGAUGAAGAGGCACUGACACCCAACCAUCUGUUGCGGCCAGACUCCAAUAAGCGCUUACCCCCUGGCAUCUUCGUCAAGGAAGACCUGUACCUGAUGAAGAAGUGGCGACAAGUCCAGUACCUGACCAAUGUCUUUUGGAGAAGAUGGAGCCGCGAAUAUCUGGUAAGGCUUUAA